UGUGUGUGUGUGUGUGUGUGUGCCUUUUCAUCGGUGUACCUGUGUGUGUCUCUGUGUGCAUGUGCCUGUGGUGGGCCUUUUCUCGUCAUCCCUGCCUAGAUCGCACAGUCCCUGCCCGGGGGUGGGUCUGCUGUGUUGAUACAUCAUCGCGCAUCUGCCUCCGGCGCACGGACUUUGGUCUUCUGUGUGUACACAGGUCCGUGCAUGUGCAUCUGUGUGUUUAUCUGUGUGUGUGUGUGUGUCUAUACAUGUGUACAUGCUUUAAGUGUGUGUCUGUGUGUUCAUCUGUGUGCUUAUCUGUGUAUCCGUGCGCAUCCAUGUGCAGAUGUGCGCAUGUGCAUGUGCCUAUGACAACAUGGCUCUCAUGUGGGGAUGUAUCAUCUUUCGAUUACAUCAGAGGGCCUCGACACUUGCCGUUCUUUCUGCUCCCCAUGUCUCUGACCGAAGUCCUUGCAUUUGCUGAAUGGCGCAAACCCUCCUCCUCCCGUCCGUCAGUCCGCCCGGGGGAAGCCCAACCCGAGUGCACGGCGGUGGUCUAUGAUCCAAACACCCCGCUGGUCCUUUGCCGGGCCCUGCUGCCGGGGUCCUUCACGGCCGCCGACUUGACUCCCCUCUACCCGCCGCCUCCGGCCGGGUCUUCCACUUCGGCCUCCUCCUCGUCAUCGGGCACUGGCACGAUUCCCCUCCGUCCGCUGGCCGCUGUCGGGACUCUGGCCGGCGGAAGCUACGCCAACUGCACCAUGAUCGACUAUUCUCGGGUGAAGAAGAGCCACUAUGAGCAGCUGUCUGAGAGUGAGCAGCGUCUGGGCUGCCGUCGCUACGAGCGCCACAACCUGGAUUCCUGGUGGGAUGUCAUCCACUCGGCUUCGCCCUUCUCCGGUGCCAGUGCCACGCACCUGAAUGCCCUCCAGGGCGAGGUGGCUCCGGUGACCAAUGCCACGGCCCUUUGCCAGGUUCCGCUGACGGUUGACUGCCUUGGGCCGCAUGCGUUCUACAUCCCGGACGUCCCCUGUGUCAUCUACUCCACGAAGAGCUUCUUCACCACUCUGCUUUUGUCGAUCUUUUUGGGUGCCUUCGGCGCGGACCGUUUCUAUCUGAACCAGGGUGGCCUGGGGACGGCCAAGUUGCUGACUCUUGGCGGUGUCGGAAUCUGGUACAUUGUGGAUAUCUUCCUGCUGAUUUUCGGCAAGAUCCAGCCCAAUAGCGGUGCUCACUGGAGCCUGCACACGUAGAGCGGUGCCGCCUUGCAGCGUCUCCCCACGCAUAGGAGAAAGCCCCUUGCCCUGUCCUUGUUCCUCCCCCUCCCUCCAUCUUUCAGCCAGUGACUUGUUCCUCCCCCC